ACACAAUUCAGUAAUUUAAGGGGAAGCACCGGGGUUGAAGCACGACUUUUCAUUUUGUUUGAAACCUUUUCCUUCAUAUUUUCUACAUAAUAAUAAUGGAUGAAGAUCUAGAAGAAAUGCGGGCCCUUAGAGCUGCACGUUGGGAUCAGCAGAAAAAGGCAUCUGCAGAAAAGAAGUCUGCAGAAAAGCUGUCUUCUUCUCAUAUGCAAACUUCAAGACAAAAUGCCUCUUCAAGCUCAGAAGGAUCUCACGCUCAGGAACCAGACAUGGCCAAACUAAUGGGAUUUUCAGGAUUUGGUAAGAAAGCAAGAACAUUCGAUCUUGACAAAAUGUUUGAACAAACUCGAAGAACAGCACAAGAAAUCUCUAAGAGUAAAAGCAAGGUUGAUAGUGGAGACAAUGAUGAUAGUGAUGCUGAAGUGGAUGACCCCACGAAACGAUUUGUCCAGAAAACUGCAAAUAAAUCGAAGCAAGCUGACAGUGAUGGAGAUGAUGAUGAUGAUGACAUGAUUGGUCCACCAUUACCUCCAGGGUUUAGCCGACCUUCGACCUCAAACAAAGCCGCCACAGAGAGUGAUGAUGACGAUGAUGAUGACGACGAUGAGGAUUACGAAGAUGAUGAUGAAGACAACUUGCCUCCAGAGAAAAAGAUUCCUGCAACCCAUGAGAUAGUGCUGAAUCACGGCAAUAAAUCUGUAUCUGCUGUAGCUCUGGAUCCAUCAGGUUCUAGGCUUGUGACCGGUGGGUAUGACUUUGAUGUGCGUUUCUGGGACUUUGCUGCUAUGGAUCCUUCACUUAACUCCUUCAGGUCUUUCCAACCUUUCGAAUGCCAUCAGAUUCGAACUUUACAGUACAGCAUCACAGGAGACAGGAUACUCAUGGUGGCAGCAAAACCUCAGGCAAAGGUCGUUGACCGGGACGGCUUUGAGGUCAUGGAGUGUGUCAGAGGUGACCAGUACAUCGUUGACAUGGCCAAGACAAAGGGACAUACUGCAAUGUUAAAUGGGGGCUGCUGGAAUCCGAAAGUAAAAGAAGAAUUCAUCACUUGUGCAAAUGAUGGCACAGUGAGGUUAUGGGACGUCAACCAGGCGUGGAAGCAGCAGCAGGUCAUCAAGUUCAGAGGUCAAGGGGGUCAGAAGACCAAUCCGACCUGCUGCGUAUACAGCAGAGAUGCUAAGCUUAUUGGAGCAGGGUGUCAGGAUGGCAGUAUACAACUCUGGGAUAUGAAGAGACCUUUGGUAAGACCGACCUAUCAACUAAAGAAUGCUCAUGGCAUGGGUACUGAUACAUCCUGCAUUACAUUCUCAUAUGAUAAUCAGAUCUUCAUUACAAGAGGUGGUGAUGACACGAUGAAAUCCUGGGAUCUUAGAAACUUCAAGAGACCAGUUAAUGUUGUGACUGGUCUUGAAAGCUUUUAUCCAGUAGCGGACUGUUGCUUCAGUCCAGAUGAUAAGAUGAUUUUAGCCGGUCAGUCGGUAAGGAGGGAACAAGAAGGAAAAUUAAUGUUCUAUGACAGACACACCUUCAAGAAAAUUACAGAAUUAGAAUGUGGACAAGGGAGUGUAGUGCGAUGUAUGUGGCAUCCAAAGUUAAAUCAGAUCAUCAUCGGCUCUGGCAGUGGACUCGCAAAGGUCUUCUAUGAUCCUAACAGAAGUCACAGAGGAGCCAAGCUAUGCAUGGUCAAGAAGAGGAGAAAGAGGGUGGAGCCUGACAUUGUCAAGAGUGAACACAUCAUUGCUCCUGUCAUGUCAAGGAGAGGGAGACAUCGUAACAGGGAGGAGCCUCAGGAGAUUAUGGCUUACAAGAAACAGAUGAAAGACAGGCAAGAUCCUGUGAAAUCAAGGAAACCUGAUCUACCCAUCAAACAAGGUCAAGGAGGUCGAAUCGCGGCUGGAGGUAGCACCCUGUCACGCUACGUUGCCAUCAAUAUCGCCCUCACGAAGAAGGUCGAUCCUAACAUCAGUGCUCGGGACGCCAUCUUGAGACAUGCCAAGGAUGCGGAGGAGAAUCCUUUGUGGAUUGCGCCAGCCUACAAACAUACUCAGCCCAACCCCAUAUUCCAUGAAUCAGAUGAAGAAGAAGAGGAGGAGGAGGGGGGACCCAGCUGGGCCAAGAAAGCAAAACUGGACUCCGCCUCCAAGAAAUGACAACUGAUUUCUAGCUAGGACUAGGACGGAGGACAAAAACGACAGAUACAUGUUAACCCUAAGAGAUAGCAGAUUAGCUCAGUCAGCUCAUUCUAUAAAAUGUCUGCCUUAAGAUGUGAAGAAUAAGCUCAGGAUAAGCUUGGUUAGCUCAUUCUAUAAAAUGUCUGCCUUAAGAUGUGAAGAAGAACUAAAAGAUAAGUGGUUCGUAUCCGAUCCAGGUGGAUGACUUAGGCGAACAUUUGUUAACAUGUCUGCAUUUUUUCAGGUUAGGUGACAAUGGACAGUACUCUGUCCCAUGGAUAGGAUGUUAACAGAAACUCCUUUGAAGUAGAAAGUAACUUCUUUUACACCAUAAGAGUCCUCUUUGAUAUUCAUUUUAAUUUAAGGGGUUACCCAAUGACUUUGUGUCCCUAUGUUGUUUUGUAGACACAUGUUAUGUUGAAAAAUCCCAUGGAUAGGAUGUCAAAUUCUAUUUACUCCCCUUUUCUUACACACAACCCUCUGAAGCAUUCCUUUAAAUAUAGGGGGAAACCCACUGACUUCUCCCACUUGGACAGAGUUUGUGCAUGCAUCAGGAACUCCUCAUAUAUACACACCCACAUAAACGUGCUCACUCGAACAAUAUAGUGUAGUCAAAUGGCGAGUGAGGUUUCUUUCCAGAAAAUUGAGUCCUCUGCUCACGCUAUGUUCAAUAAUAUUAUAUGGACGGUGUUCUAUUGCAUUAUGCGCCAGUAAAAAAAUAAAAGAAGAAAGAUGUAGGGAAAACAAUGAAAUUAGAGUUGGUCUUCACAUUUUUUUCCAAAUCAAAUUUAAAUAAAAAAACAAACUUUUUUAGCCUAAUGCUUGAAGUGGGGUUGUUGCCAAAAAAAAAAAAUCAGGGGAGGUACUGUACUUAAAG